GCGGGACUGUACAAGCAAGACUGUGUGUGCAAAGUGCGUCAAUGAAUAAAUACCACACACGUACACACACGUACGCACAAAUACCAGUGAUAAGUAAAGCCUGUGUAUUGCUGUGUUGUGUACAGCCCAAAGACUGUUAACAAAUAAACCUCCUUUGCAUGGAACUGAUCUGAUUCCAGUGUGUUCUGACCGACACCCCAUUGAGGAAAGUUAGAUCUGAACCAUCACCUUAUACAGUCCACUUUUUCCAAUCCUCCUAUCGAACAAAUGGUCCUUCGAGCCGGAGCUGGCAUUUCUCAUGGACAAAGAAUCAGUAUCAGUAUCAAUUGAUCAGUCAACAUGCAUCCUGAAGAAGCACAUGCACAGAUUGUAAGACCAAAACGUCUAGUUCAUCCUCCUGCUUACCUCAAAGAUUAUGAUCUUACAACUGUACAUCGUAGAGCAGGCAGUCAGCUGAUAUCGCCUCACACAACACAGCAUACACAGUGGCUUGGAGAUGCAGCAGUGAACAUCUCUUCACCUUCUACCAGAGGUACGAGUCCCAUAAGUCAAGACCCAUGGGACACAGUCGAUGAAUGGUCGCCUAUAGCUGAGGAAAGGGAUCCUUUUAUCCAAAGAAUGGAUAACAUAGGGCUGCAACAGCCUAGCGCCACCUACGCUCCAGUGCAGUCAAUUAAUAGUCCUCAGACUUCUCCAUAUCAUCGGCCAUGGGAAGAACAUCAGUCCACGCCGUUACCAAGUACAUCUUUCCCUGCACAGGAUAGACUCCUCCCACAUCCUGGAACGGCAUCCUACCAUCCACACUCCAUGGUGACUACAUCUUUGCUCCCACCUACCUAUGGUAAGCGUUGCCAGACGGCCUACACCACAGCAACAUCUCAGGGGUUACAACACCCAUGUCCUGCUACAAAAGGUGGCCCUCUACUCAGUUUGAACCAGAAGACUAGUUAUCACAGCCUGCCCAAACCAGGAAAGAACAGGGCUGUAGAGCCUCAAAGUGAACCUAGCAUGCUAAACCUUCUGGGAACAAUGAUGGGUGAACUUCAGAUUAUGAAAGAUCAGAUCCUGGCUGCCGCACCCACUAGACGACAGAUUGAUUCAGUCCUGUGUGGUGAACGUGCUAACCAUAAUUCCUCUCCCUGGAAGCAUUCACAUAGAUCCAAUUAUCCUCAUUAUCAGAGAAUGGCUCAGUCAAUGCCUGGUCUUUAUGAGGAUACUCCUGUCCCUCACUGGCAUUCAAGAACAUUAUACGAGUCCCCUAGAGAGACCUUGGAUUAUCCCAAACCACAGGUGCAUUAUCAGUUCCCGCAAGCCUCUGGGCCAGAGUCAGCACAUAGAGCUCCUUAUUCCUCUAAUGUGAAUCCUGCAAGGCAAGAAACCACUUAUCGAGGUCCAGUGCCAACCAUACCCAACUUCUACAAUAAAGACCCCAGCGAGUUUAAUCGGUUAAAGAUAGCCCUUGAGAACCUUCUACCAUCGGAUGCCACGGAACUGUUCCGGUACCAAAUCCUGUUGGACCAUCUGAAGCUAGAGGAAGCUCGUUUGGUGGCAGAUUCCUACCUCAAUUCACCAUUUCCCUACUCAGACACCAUGGCUGCUCUGAAUGAAAGGUUUGGUCAGCCACACAAGUUGGCACUCAAGAAGAUCGCCAAAGUGAUGGAUUCACCAGAUAUCCGACGAGGAGAUAAUGAGGCCUUCGAUAAUUUUGCUCUGCAUAUUAGGGCUCUCGUUGGUAUGUUGGAGACUCUUGGAGAUGAAGGUGAAGCUGAACUUCGAUGCGGGUCGCAUGUAGAGAGACUGUUGAGUAAGUUACCGGCUGAAAUGAGAUCAGGAUUCCGAAGACAGAUGUACCAUCGUCCUGGCUCUGUGUAUAACCUUCGUGAAUUUUCUGAGUGGCUUCAGUAUGAGGCCUGGUGCCAAAGCAGUGAAACACAGAUCAGUUACAAGAGCCAGAGACCAGAACGCCGGCGAGAACCAAACCCACUGUACGUUCAGCCACCAUUCUUCAUGGAGCAGAUGAUACUGCCACAAAGGUCCUCUCAGCACCAGCCAGGUUAA